AUGCCUGCGGAGAAAGGUCACUCCGAGCUGAAGAGGCGGGGAACGCGUCGAGAGGAUGACCCAAAGUUGAUUGGGUGCUGGAGAACGGGAAAGACAAUUGGGAAAGGAAGUUCGGGUCGCGUCAAGAUUGCCAGACACGUCCGAACGGGCCAGUACGCUGCGGUGAAGAUCGUGUCGAAGCACGCUCUUAUGAGUUCCCGGUUAUCCAUGUCUGCAGCAGGAGAACAGGCAGAUAAGAUCUUGCUGGCUAUCGAGCGCGAAAUUGUCAUCAUGAAGCUCGUGGAUCAUCCCCACGUUCUGAGUCUUUACGACGUCUGGGAGACGAGUGACGAGCUAUAUCUAAUCAUGGAAUAUGUUGAAGGUGGUGAACUCUUCGAUUAUCUGGUUUCUCGCGGCCGUCUAUCAUUACCCGAAGCGCUUCACUACUUCCAACAAAUUAUCUCUGCAGUUGACUAUUGCCAUCGCUUCAACAUCGCUCACCGUGACCUCAAGCCAGAGAACUUGCUCCUUGAUCGGUCGCGGAAGAACAUUAAGGUUGCAGACUUUGGUAUGGCAGCGUGGGAGGGAGGGAGUGCAUCUGGCGGCAUGCUCGAGACGAGCUGCGGGAGUCCCCACUACGCCAGUCCUGAGAUCGUGCAAGGAAAGAAGUACUCCGGUGCAUGUAGCGACAUCUGGAGCUGUGGUGUUAUCCUAUAUGCGCUCUGUACUGGUCGCCUUCCCUUCGACCACCCCGACAUUCGUACACUCCUGCAGAUGGUCAAGAAAGGAGAAUAUGUCAUGCCACCCGACUUGCCGAGUUCCUGCAAACACUUAAUUUCCCGCAUGUUGGAGAAGGACGUAAACAAGCGUAUCACGAUGCCUGAAAUCCUUCAGCACCCUUUCUUCCUGUCCCGCGCACCUCGUCCGGUUGCUGGACGUGUGGUAUCCCCGCCGACUUUGGAAGAGGUUGCACGGCCUGUGGCCUCAGCAGAUGAUAUCGAUGCUGAUAUAUUUGCCAAUCUCCGUACUCUGUGGCACGGAGCGCCCGAUGACGAGAUUAUGGAAGGCCUCCUCAACAAUAAGAAAACAUGGGAAAAGGCUGUUUAUCAUCUCCUG